AGAACAAGAUACCUGGGUUUUACUCUUUAAACUUUACACCAGACCUUUUGCACAUUAAAAGUCCACUAUUAUGCUAAAUUAAUUUUUGCAUGUUUCUGUACUUCCAUAUGAGUAUUUCCUGCAUCUGAAAACAGUCCAAAGCUAAACAACAACAACAAACACCCACUUGUUUUUUGGGGAAUAACUAAAUGUUAUGUUGGUGUCUGCAAAAGAGCCCGUUUCAAAAACCUCCAAAUUGUGUCACAAUCUGUUACCUAGCAACCCUAAACCAAAUCCAGCCCCUCACCUGGCAACCCAAGUGGAGCUCCACCCACUUCCUUCAAGACGCUAAGCUACCGCUGCUAUGGCUUCUGGAACAGAAAAAUGUUUUUGUGCAGCCCAUGCAUUUAAUCUCAUUUACGGAAAACAGAGCUGCGUGGCUUCAUUUUAUUUUUGCCUGCAAUGUCCCUGCGAUGUUGCCAAAGAAAGUUGUCGUUUUGCGCAAAUAAUUUUUGGAAGAAGUCCUCUGAGAACCACCGACAUUACAGGACAGGACCAAAAAUACUUGGACUGAAGGAAAGUUCUGUUCCUGUUCGUCACAUACCUGCAGUUGAUGGUGAUCAAUGACCAGAAGCAAGAAGUCCAGGGAGUUUACUAAUGAGGUCAUAGAUGACAUCAUGAUGACAUCAUGUACAUCACAGUAGAUCAAAGAAGUUCUGAUGCUUGAAUCCCAAAGCAUCAGUCAGAUCCAGACGGUCCUUGGAGAUUCAGAUUUGUAUGGAGCAACUAUGUUUGGUGUUACAAAGGCGCUUGUUCCCUUGUUUAUCCCAUUUGGUUGGGGCAUAGGAUAUGCUGUAACCACGGGGUUGAAGAAAGUGUUUGACAAUUGGUUUCCAGGGAAGCAUUCCGAUGAAGAUUACCAUCAGGAUGAUGAAGACGAUUUGUUUUGGAAGGGUCUUCCAUCUGACGCCAAAGAACAAACCGACCCGACUGGGGAGGUCUGUUCUGAAAAGACAACGGAGGUUUGUGGAACCGCAGACUCUCACCUGAUGAGGACUGGACGGGAAAGUACAGAUGACAACGGUACUGUCUCUGGACAAACCGACCCGGCUGGGGAGGUUUUCUCUGAUCAACCCACAGAGACGGUACGAAACAGUACCGAGGACAAUUGUACUGUCUUUGAGCAAACUGACCCGGUUGGGGAGGUUCGUUCAAAGAUGACCGUACACAGUGAGGGGGAGAGAACAGUCGCAGAAAAAUCUGACCCGGUUGGGGAGGAUUUGUCUGCGACUGACCUCGCAGCCAAAGCUGUGGCUGAAGAGUUAGCGCAAGCUUUGGUUUCAUGGAUUCCAGCUCUUUCUUUUCAAGACAACGGUUCUCUGAAGAGCACUUUCACAAGUGCUUUUCAAAUUUCAACUUCCCCGGACGAGGAACGUAUUGCACAAGAAAAUGGAGCCUCUCUAAAUGCAAGGAUCAACGUUGCCAUCGAGGUUUACUGUUCUCCGGACGAUAAAUCUGAACAUAGAGUUGGCUUGGAUAUCACAGAUGUAAGAAGGACAGCAAUUACAGGACACGGACAGAGGGAGGAGAACUUCUUCAAGUUCUCCAACGAGCUCCAGAACAGCUGGGUGAAUGUCGCCUUCCAGAGCAUCCUGAACCUGAGCGUCACCAGCAGGUGUCUGGCUCAGGAAAGGGUUUUUCUGGAGGCUUCGUCGAUCCCGGUGUGUGCGAGUCUCAUCCUUUCAGCUGUCCGUCAGCCCGGCAAACAUUUUUGUCAAAAAGACCUCUCCCCAGUUCUGAUGGAGCUGAAGGAGAAGAAGCUGCCAUCAGACGUGGGAAAAGACCAUGAUAUAAAAUGUUUGCUGGAGUCUGCGCUGGUCUGGUUGGAUUCCUUUGGCGGAGACACAGAUAGAGAGUUGUAUAACCAAAACUCUUGCUCGAACUGUGGGACCAUUUUCCUCGAGCUUUUGAACAGCGGCCCCCUGGUUGCCCUUCCAUCGGCAACUUAUCCAACCGACAUAAUCGAUCUUUUUAACAGUUGGUUGGAUUUUUGGGGCAGACGUCGCUGUUCGGGCUGCGGGUCAGCCUUGGAGAAGAAACACUGCCUAACAGAUAACAAUGUUGUAGUGUUUCUUCUCCAAAGGCAGACCAGGAUUCACCCAGUGGUCGCCAACCAGACCAUAGAUCUCCCUGCAGAUUGUGAAGGUGGUAGUGAGAGGUACCACCUGUCCUCAGUCAUCUGUGGGGAUUCAAAGCCGGCUCAGUUCUACUCCUAUUUAAUCAAAGGAGAACAAACCGUGAAGGCUAACGACGAGCAUGUCUUCACUGCAGACAGCGACUGCAGUGAAGACAUGUCUCAAAACGGACUUAUCUACAUUUACGAGAAGGUGAGACAUGAUGAAACAACGGAUAUUACAGUUUCUCCAGCCCCUCCUCUGGAAGACGAUAAAGGUGCGUUUGGAGAGGAGCCAAAAGUAUUGAAUUUGGAAGAGGAAAAAUUCUUAGACGACCUAAUUAGUGACCAUCUUGAGGCUGGAGAAAUUUGAUUAGGACUAAAAUUUAAGGGACAAAAAGGUCAAAAGAUUUGCAGGUUUCUUUCCGGGCGCUCCGGCUUCCUGCCACAGUGUGA